AUAAGGGAGAAAACCGGCAUCUGACUCGUGAGAUUUGGGCGUGAUAAUCGCAUAUUUUAGAAUCCACUGCUGGGCGACAGGAAAAGUUCGCCUGGUGUCAAAAGGCUGAGAAAGUGCGGAAGUUUAGCUGACGAAUCUCCGUGCGAUCUCCCGGUGACUGGUACAUUUGGCAGAAGUGCAUUUAAAGGGCGUGGCUUUUGCCUGAUGACCAGAGUUUUACAGUGAUUGACAGUUGGUGUACUAUGGGAGAUUUGCUGAUGUGUUUUAACUGUUGUGUAACAGAGCAGCCCCGCCCAGCUAAGAGGCGUCGGCGACUGGACCCUAGUAUGAUUGGUCUGCCCCAGGACUUCCGCCACACUGGGCACAUUGGGUCCAGCGAUGCCACCAACGGCACUUACAUUUCCUCUAUACAGACUCAGAUGAAAUCAAAGGGAGGCUACUCUAAUGUAUCUCCUGUCAACAUAGAGUUAGAUGUGAUAGAUUUAGAUGUACAGAAGCCCAGUAGUAAUGGCACAUAGAUUUUCCGUUGUGAGAAAGAGAGAGCUUGAUUCAUCAGCCUGGAUAGCUUGACGGGGAAGUUCCAAACCACAUUUUAUUCCAUGGAUAUCACAGAGUGGUGUCUGGGGAUUGUUUUCAUGGAUAUCACACAGUGGUGUUCAGGUGUUUUCCGUUGAAAUCACAGAGUGGUGUCUGCUGAUUGUUUUCACUGAUAUUACACACCUGUGUCCAAGGAUUGUUCUAAACAGAUACAUACAUCACACCAUGGCGUGUGAGACAUUUUCUGUGGAUAUCCCAGAGUGCUGUCCGUGGACUCUUCCACAUAUAUCAAACCGUUCUCCUGGGGUAUCUCGUGGGGACAGAGACCUGUAUGCCAUAUCUUAUCUUAAACGUGCCUCAGCACUGUUUUUGUGUAUAACUUCCUGGUGUAUCUGGGAUGUGAUUCUGCGCUGUUUUUGUGAGGAAUUUCCUGGUGUAUCUUGGAUGGCCCUAAGCACUGUUUUUGUGUUCUGUUUUUGUAUCACAGACUUCCUCAGGGAACUGACCCCUUGACCUCUUGACCUCUUGUUUAGGUGGUAUUUGUGUGACCCGGCACCCCCGAGAGAUAAGCCAAAUAGCAUACUUUCUAUCUUCCUGGAUACCCUACAGUUUAUCCUUAAUAUCAUCAUGGUAUCCAUGGCAACAGAAGACAGAGUUUUGUGAUCAUGAAAAUGUAUAUCACCUGUCUAAUUACCCUUUUUUAUGCAGACCAUAAUGUAGUUUGCUUUCCAGUUAUCUGAAAACUUUUUAUAUAAAACAAUAAUAUCUGAGACACACAUUUGUCACGUUUGCUUACCCGGUUUUAUGGUGACAUUUUAUCUCCUGCUACUGUGAUGAAUUUAUUGAAAAAGGACAUUUCGGUAUAAUUCUUUUCUUUAUCACAACAACACUUGUAAAAGUUAUUAGACAUUUACAAGAAAGAAAUGGCUUUUUUUAUGUUUAGGCUUCAGUUCUUUAGCAUAGUAAUACCGCUCGGAUUUGGGGCUUUUAAUCUGAAAACGUCAUUAUUGACAAAGAAAUAAGGAGCCAUCUUCAAGGGUCUUUUUGACACCUGUUUGUCAAGACAGGCUGGAAGGAACUUGGAAAAGAAAGCAUCAUCGUUUUCAACUACUUCUGAUUUACAUGUAAGAGAUAUCCAAAGUUGUUGGCACUUCUGUAUCUGAGAAUGCCACUGUUCAGUGACCAGAGAGGUUUUCGGCAGUGUUUUUUUUUUUUCCUUUAAUAACAGUGACAUCCAAUAAGGAUCCUGAAAGUGGUCGGUAUAUGUUGAGGAAUUAUUAAGCGAUCAGAGAAAGAACCACUUUGUCCAGAUGAUUAGCUCCAGGACCAAGACUUUAUUAAUCAAGACUCUUUAAACAGUGAUGCUGUCUAAUGAUAUGUAUGUGGUCUUUAGCAAUUCCCCAAAGAAUAUAUUUAAAGACGGAAAAUAUUCCUCAAGCAAAUUCCAAACUGACAUAUUCUUCAUUGGAAAACAUCCAUGGAUGACUGUAACAAUCAAGAUUUUAUAUCCUAACAUCCUUAAAACAUCCAGGAAUGACUGUAACAAUCAACAUUUUGUAACUUGACAUCGUUAAAAACAUCCAGGAAUGACUGUAACAAUCAACAUUUUAUAACUUGACAUUGUUAAAAACAUCCAGGAAUGACUGUAACAAACAACAUUUUAUAGCUUGACAUCGUUAAAACAUCCACGGAUGACAGUAACAAACAACAUUUUAUAACUUGACAUCGUUAAAACAUCCACAAAUGACUGUAACAAUCAACAUUUUAUAACUUGACAUCGUUAAAACUUCCAUGGAAGACUGUAACAAUGAACAUUUUAUAACUUGACAUUGUUAAAACAUUCAAAAGUUAUUAUUUUGACCACAUACCUGAGCAUUGUUCAGAUCAUGUUUUUGAAGCGAAUUUGUCAUGACCGGCUUUUUCGGGGGCUUUUUUUUUUUUUCUUUUUUCUCCUUUUGCAGAUUUCUCACAACUAUUUAUAAGUUUGCAGAUCUGUUUUUGUACCAUUAUUUCCUUGUUUUAGUUAUGAUGAGUAAUAUCAGAAUGCUUAAGUACUUACCCAGGAAAGCUGAGUGGACAUGCAUACACCCCCCUGUUGUAAAGGGAGAUUCUAUUUUUUGUAGGAGUAGCCUCCCCUUGAUGUGUUACACCCUCUUGACAGGUAUGUGGAACCAGUGCCUAUCCACUUUCCUACUGGUUUAGAUUUGCAGGAACCUUUCAUAUGUUAAGCACUUUUCUGCACCCAUCACUUUUAUACUUGUAUCUUAAGAUGUGAUCAAUGUUGAAUUUUUUGUGUGAAUUAUAUAUUAUCAAAUUAUUAUUAACUUGUUUUUAACAUGUACAUAUAUACACUUGCAUAACUUCUUGAUGUACUGGUGCUCUAUAAGAAUGUAAAUAGAAAACUGUUAAAAGCUUCAUGGUUUUACGAGACUGUAGCGUGUGCUGUGGGGGGCCGCAGGGGUUGUCUCCCCUUGUUUUAAAAAAGCAUAUUUCUAUUUAUCAUAUUGGUUCUUUUUUAGGUUGAUUUUGUGAAUAUAGGCUUGUUGGUUCACACAUGUUUGUACUCUGCAUCUCUGACCUACAUUUACUUAUAUAUACUGACGUCAGAAAAUAACGCAAGAAAAGGUUUGUUAGGUCAUCAGAUAUGUCAGAUGUCAUGUGCUAGGACAAGGCUCGGAAGACCUGAUUCGUAUUUCAUGGACCUUUAAAAUCUGAAAAAACAUCUUGAGAAUAUAAAAGAGUUGGCCUGUUUUUAUAAAGUCGUGGCGACCAGUUGGCCUGUUUUUAUAAAGCCGUGGCAACAGUUUGGCCUGUUUUUAUAAAGUAAUGGCAACAAUUUGGCCAGUUUUUAUAAAGUGGUGGCAACAGAUUGGCCUGUUUUCAUAAAGUGGUGGCAACCAGUAGGCCAGUCUUAAUACCAGUCUUAAUACAAAUAACUGCUACUUCAGUUUUGAAAAACUUGGCCCUGGUGACAAUUUGGAGCCCAAGUCUACGUAAUACAGGCAAUUGUGGUGUUCAGAAUGUAGAUACUGGCGGUUUUGUUAGCAAUACGAGAGAAAUUGUUAGCCUGAAAAUAUUCUGUGCACAUGUCUUUUAUCAGUUCUAAAUGGUCCCCCUGUCGCCAGUAAAAGGCCAGUUUUGAUCGGUGGAACAUUUGGUAUGGUUGGUGUGAGAUGACGGGAAUUCUUUGCAUUAAUGCGCUUGAAUAUCUCUGAAAGACACCAACCAUGAUCAGCUGGUUAAAGGACUUCAGAAAUGAGUGAAAUAUCCUUACAUGCUGUUUCCCAGCAUUAAAAAUAACCAGAAUGUAUGUAUACUCCAUGCGAAUCUAACAUGUUGGUUUUUAAUGUCUGAAAGUGUCUUCACAAGAAGAUAGAACACAAUGUGGGAGACAAGGAUUAUAAAGUGUGUUCUGAAGUUUGUAAUCUCUCUUCUUUGGAUAAUUUUUUUUUAUAUAAUUUUUUAUGCAGAUUUUUUGUAUUGCCAUCUUUGUAAUUUUUGUCUCUUUGCUUUUGAUUUUCUACUCUUUUUUUCCCAUUGCCUUGUUUGGAUUUCAUGCUUUUUUUCACCUAAUUUAUUUUUGCCUGUCGUAAAGACAUAGUGUGUUGAGAACUCAAGUAGAAAUGUACUUUGUGUGAUAACUGAAUGUUUUAAGGUGUUUUGGGGAGGGAGAAGUUCUGAAAUGAAGUUACAAAAUGGCACUGGUGAAAUAAUACAUGAGGUGAAUCUCUUUAGUGGACUUACUGGUGGACUCAAUAGUGUAAUCUCCAUAAUCGACUUAUUAAUAUGUAUCAUAAAUAAGGGUAACCAGCCCUCUGCAAAGGGAAGCAAAUCUUGUUAUUAAAGGAUUUAACAGGUGCCCUCUGUCUACUGGAAUAUAGGUGGCAGUUAUUUCAGUGAUAGAUCACGUGAUCAAAGAGAACAGUAGCUGCUAUUUUUAUUGGAGGAUGUCAGAGGCCCUGCUGUUCCAUCAGGAACAAGAUUUGCCUCCCCUUUUAGUGGGGUAGCUUGAACCAGUACCGGUACAUCAUGGUUGACCUUUUAUUCAGGAAACUUUGAUCAGACUGAGAGUGUCAAGUUUUUCAUGUUCAUGUACCAAUCCAAAGAACCUGUGAUGUGUUUUCCUCUUUCAAGCUGACUGGGAAUUCUGUGGUAAUUAAAACAUGAGCAUAUUCCUUGAUCCUACCAUAAAUACAGGUGAACCAACUUUGGACAAAUCGGGACCAACCUAUGUACUUGUGUUGCUUUCCAUCAUGUCCGUAAGACUUAGCAUAGGUAGAUGUGGGUGUGGCCUGAUUCAGGGGCAGAUUCAAUGACCUCUGUCAAUCAUGUCUCGCUGUAGCCAAUCGGACACUUAGAAGUUUCUUGUUGCUAAGCGGAGAAUAUGUAGUGUCCUUAGCAACACAGGAAGAAGCCUGAUUGGUCUUCAAAGUAGAAUCAGAGUGUUCUGAUGCUCCCAGAUCUACUGAGGAAGACAGGAUAAGAUUUAGGACCAGACAGUGGCCGUGAAAACUGACUGAGUGUACAAUUUAGUAAAUAUGCUUUGGAAAAAGUGUUCCCCCAAAAAUUAAAAAAUGUGGAAACUCUAGAUUCUGGAAACCUUCUGAUUUAAUUUUUCAAGGAAGGAUAAGCAGAAAUUCCUGGAUCCAGGAAAAGUUGUGGGGAAGCUGUUUGUGUUCCACAGACUCCUGUACGUUUCUGACGUUUUUAUAACAGCUUUUACUAACAUCUUAGAUAAUGGCUACCGAUGGGCAGAAGUAUUGUUUGGCUAACUGUUUUUUUUUUUUUUUUUUGCGAUGCUAUCUACUAUGCCGGUAGUGCAGUAGUUGUGUGUGUGUGUGUGUGCGUGUGCAGUUCUGUUAGGUGUAUUUGACAAUGAGGAAGGAAUAGUUUAGGAAUGGUUUUAGCCGAGAAAAAAUGCCCUCAUGUUUUUGGCCCAGAUUUAUCUAUCGGUCGAUUGAUUGCUUGCUUGGAAUCGGAUUCCGUCAUAACUCAAUCUGUUUGGCAAAUUUUAAUGACACCAAGGGUUGAACAGAUGUAGCAGGUUCCUGUCUAGUAAGCUUCAGGAAAUGAGGUUGACCAGUCCUCCACAAAGGGAGGCAAAUCUUUCAGCUGUAAGAGAUGAAACAUUAGCGCCCUCUACCUACAUAAAUUACAUAACUAGUUAUUUCAACAACAGUACAAGGGACCAUGAAUAACCAUAGCUGGUAUUAGUUUUUAUUCAAGUAAGAACAGAGCACCAAGAUUUGCCUCCCUUUGCAGGAGGCUUGUGAGCCUCAUUGUUUUCCCCUUACUAUAGCUUUGGACAGAGGUUUUAAGCGGUUUUUAGAUGUCUGUAUCUGUGCUCCAGUUUUUGUUGUAUCGUUAAUAAUUCUCCAUGCAUAUGUUCUUUAACAUCCUUUCAUUGCAAUCAUUCACUGGAUGUUCCAUGAGCACUUAACAUCAGACACCAAGGCCAAACUUGAAUGAGGCCCUCAAAGCUUUACAAGCCAGUAACAGUCAUGGUGACGUAAGGCCUACAGAGCAGGUUGUUCCUGGACAAGUUGUUUAUAACUGGUUUAAUAGUUAAUACCAAAUUUAACCUUGAGCCAAGUCUUCAAUUUUGCACUUAACCUUAAAAAAGUUGUCUAACAUUAUAUCAAAUAUGAAAAAAACUGAUGCUGUAAUGCUUUGUCUUUGGAAAACUGCAAUGGCUGCUGAGAUUGGCUGAAAUUUUAAGUACAAAAUAUGAGUUAAUACCAGUAUUAGCUAGUAGAGUUGUAAACCACUGGGCCAUGGGUGUUACAUGCAUGUAAUACUGAGGGCUUUGUGCGUAUAAGGCUAAGAGGGCUGUGCGGGGGGUAACACUAAGAGAGCUUUGUGGGUGGUAAUGCUAAGAUAGCUGUGUAGGUGGUAACAAUAAGAUAGCUUUGUAGGUGGUAACGCUAAGAUAGCUUUGUGGAUGGUAACACUAAGCUGUGUGGGUGGUAACGCUAAGAGGCUGCGAGUGGGCGUUGCAAGACUUCUAGUGCACUUUGCAUAAUGUACCUUGUAUUCACAUGGCACUCUGAUAAACAGUGACUUUUAGGUUAUGUACACAGAUCAUUAUGUUAAUCACAUUACAUGCAUGUGUACUAUGUGAUCUUGCACAUGUGCAAGUGAGGGGAAAAUAGACAAAUCUGUAGUGAAGACGUUACACAAUAGUUAUGUCCCUUUAUCACAUCAUGACACUGGAGAAAAUCCACUUACCCAGAGGGGUUUGUAUGAAAGCUGUUAAGUAUCCAAAUUAAAUGGCACUGUAGUCCUGAAUUUAUUUACAAUGACUUUGCUGUUUUGAAGUGUCUACAAAUCCCAUGCUGUUCAACAUUUUGCAGACUUACUUACAGAGACUUCAUUCAUCGCAAAGGACUUCGUAUUGUUUUGAUGCCAGUCUGUACCAUGCUUCAUUACCUUAACACUAUUUUUUAGAACAGUUUUACUCUCGUAGCUUUGUGGUUUUCGAAAUCUAUAAUUUGCCAAGGAGUUAUUUGCAAAUACUGGAAUACAAGAGGCCUUUAUUUCCACAUGCUUUUCCAGGGUUUUUUUCUGGUGACUUUACUUCCAAAAGUUUUUCUCCACCAGCUUUCUUUUAUUUUUAAUUCUUUUAAAGUGGAGUAAUGAUAACAUGUAUUCUAAAUUUCGUGAAUGAAAUGAAGUUUUUGUGACCAUUUGAAGAAGGCUUGUUUUUCCAUUUCUUUUUUUUAAUACCUUUGUCAGCUGUUUU